AUAUUGUUUAGGGAAAAUAAAUCAACAAGUGCAAGUACACAAUCGUGCAAAAUUCCCAUCAGUGCUCACAUAUGAGAAUAAUCCGUGAUUAAUUAACAUUUAGAACAAUUUUACAUGCCCAUGUACCGAUCUAAAUGCGGUGCAUCGACUUGCUGACCCUGGUUCCACUUCAUUCUGAAUGUUUAGAAUGAUAAUUUCCUGUUCACACAAUCUCUAGAUUAAGAUGCUGGUGAAAUGUCGGCGUUUAAAGAAAAUCUACUUCAAGAUAGGCCUGGGUUUGGUUCUACUGGGGUUCGUUUUGAUAGUCUACAUGAAACACCUAGAUGAGAAGCUGGACAUUGGAGUAAAAGACAAUCUAGUUUUAAAUGAAAAUAAAUUAGAACAACGAAUAAGUGAAUGGGAAUCGAAAAUCAUACCGGGUUUAGGUGACAAUGGGGAGCCAGCAUUUUUAGAGGGAGAAGAUGCCAUUGAGGGCGAAAAAUCCCAAAAGAAAUUCGCUUUAAAUACUGUUCUAAGUGAUAGAAUGCCUUUAGAUAGAAAACUGAGGGACCCAAGAAACAGCAAAUGCAAAGAGCUGAAAUAUUCACCCACUAUAAAAGCGUCAAUUAUUGUGAUAUUUUAUAAUGAACUCAUGUCUGUUAUCCUGCGAACCGUUUGGAGUGUUCUUUUACAAACACCCAGCCACUUACUACAGGAAAUUAUUUUAGUUGAUGAUUGCAGUACGGAUGAUCACUUAAAAGAUUUACUGCAAUAUUACUUAGAUACUAGAUUAAAGAGCUACAAUAUAAAACUUGUGAGGUUGAAGCACCGCAUGGGACUGAUUAGGGCCCGAUUGCAAGGGGCUCGAGUGGCUCAAGGCGACGUACUGAUAUUUUUAGAUGCCCAUUGUGAAGCAACUAAGGACUGGAUUGAGCCUCUUCUGGCGCGGAUCGAGGAAGACCGCACAGCGGUUUUAGUGCCUAUUAUUGACGUGAUCGAAGCUACCAACUUGGGCUACUCAACUAAUGGAGAACUAAAUUUCCAAGUAGGAGGCUUUUCGUGGUCAGGUCACUUUACCUGGAUAGACAUUCAAGAUGAAAAUGACAAGGGGAAAGUGAAACCAGUGAAAUCGCCGACGAUGGCUGGCGGGCUUUUCGCCAUUGAUAGAAGAUUCUUUUGGGACAUUGGAUCCUACGAUGAGCAAAUGGAUGGAUGGGGAGGCGAAAAUCUGGAAAUGUCUUUCCGUAUCUGGCAGUGCGGUGGAAGGCUUGAAACGGUUCCUUGCUCAAGGGUGGGUCACAUCUUCCGAGACUUCCACCCCUAUUCGUUCCCAGAUAAUAAAGAUACCCAUGGAAUAAACACUGCCCGCCUAGCUCAUGUUUGGAUGGACGAAUACAAGCGCUUGUUUUUCAUGUAUCAGCCCGCCUUGGAAAACAAUCCGAUUGUCGGAGACUUAACUCAUCGAAAGCAGCUAAGACAGAAGCUGAGAUGCAAAAGCUUCAAAUGGUACCUACAAAACGUUUACCCAGAGAAAUUCAUCCCCGAUGAGAACGCUUUCGGGUAUGGCCAAGUAAAGACUGACUUCCAAAUGUGCUUGGACGAUCUCCAGCUUCCAGAGGACAAAGUAGGACCGUUGGGCCUUUAUCAAUGUCAUCAGUUCUUCGCGGUGUCUCAAUACUUUUCCCUAAGCAACAACGGAGAAUUGAGAAAAGAAAAUUUCUGCGCUGAAGUGUUUAACGAACACGAAGUCCACUUGACUGAAUGCCACGGCCAUAAACGCGAACAGUACUGGAAACUGUUCGAAAAUGGCACCAUUUACAACCCAGCUUCAAAAAAAUGCCUGACCAGCGACCGCGUAGAGAAUGGAAAAGGGGUGCUGGUGGCACCCUGUAAAGGCGACGUGUUCCAAAAGUGGACGUUUAGUCAUCUUAAUAAAACGGCAAUUGGCGCUUAAGUAGCCCUGUUAUGCCUUAGAAAGGAAAUAAGUGUUAAGAACUGUUAAAGUAUGCAUAGUUUACCACAGUGGGUGAAUAUUCUUCGAGGUUUAUUCAAAUUCUGUUUUGAAAUAUCAUUGAAAGACUGUUCUGCUCGUAUGGGGCUCACCGCCUUUGUGAAUGAUUGAUGGGAAUGAAAUUAAUAAAACAUUUGAUUUA